AUGGGAGUCUCUUCGUCGCAGUAUUUGCUGCUGGUCGCUAUCGCGAUCCUGGUACUGCUACCUACCCAAGCUGAGGCUUUUGGCGCGGGGAAUAUCGCGUCCAUUUCCAAGAUCGAAGGGCAGAACUGGCGCCAUGGAGAUAUUGAGGAUAUGCUUGCCACAGUGGCUUGUUUGAAGGGACAUAAAUGGAAGUCGAACAUGAUCAAGGCUGUUGAUGUAGGGACUCUGGCGAAAGUGCAGGGCGAAACUAUCCGUGUCCUUGUAUGGGUCCUAUCAUUCAUGUCGUUUGGCUAUGCUACUGGCGAAUUCGAGGUCACCGCCGAGCGCCUCGGUGUAUAUCGACCUGAAGAGCACAUCGACAACCCCAAGGACUAUGCCGACAACCAGGAUGCCAGGAAGUACGAUCCGCGACUACGCGGUCCCGUGAGUGAAGCUGAGCUGGCUAUUGAUCCGCACACUGGAAUGAAAAACUACAUUGCGAACGAGCGAGGUGGAUGGGCCACUUCUGCUGGAUACGUCAAGUUUUCGUUCGCACGCGCAAUCCACUUUGGCAGGCUGUACACACAUGGUGCAUCCGGUCAACGUGGACGAGAAGAGGAUCUAGCAGAAGCUCUCCGCUGCCUGGGUCAAGGACUGCAUUGUCUGGAAGACUUUGGUGCCCACACCAACUACACUGAGCUUGUCCUUCGCGAGCUUGGCUACCAUGAUGUCUUUCCUCACGUGGGUGUCGAAGCCGGCAUCACUCUGAAUGGCAAACGUGUGUACCCGCUUGUGACGGGGACAUUCGGCGGAGUGGACUUCUUUCAUUCGGUCCUAGGAGAAGCCAAUGACCACAUCACCCAGUCUGAGAUUGAUGAAGUGAACACCGCGCUUGUGGAUGCUGUGUCAAGCAACACCACCGGAAAGAGAGGCCCAGGAGGUGAAGCUCCUGCUUGCAGUGGAUUGGUUGACGUUUUGAGCAAGGUCCCUGGCACUGGCGACCUUAUUCGACAAGCUCAGGACCUACAGGCAUCUUCAGAUGCUCAAGCCGCAUCAAAUGCUCGUUCCGGAGGAUAUGACGAUUAUAGCACACGUGCAGGAGGACAAGGCGGGUACCAGCAAAGUGGUUUUGAUGCACCUCCUGGCUCUGUUGGAGGUCCUCCAGGACCUAACAUCCCAGGCACGGACACCGACCCUGCGACUAUCAUCCCCAAGAUCUACCCCAUCUUGGUGUUCCGUGACAAUGUCGUGCGAAGUAUUUCCGCAAUUGUCUCCAAGAUCCCUGGACUGGAGAAGCUUAUUGAGACCAUCACCGAGCGUGUCACGCUCUUUGUGCUAUCGCUACUGGCACCCUUCAUCCUGCCCAUCAUCAAGACAGCUUCGAGUCAGCUCAAGAGCGGGUCGUCCGCCGUCAUCGACUCAGCAGCGAAACAUCAGUACGAGGUCUGGACCAUUCCCACCUCUUCUGACCCAACGCACAGUAUGCUUUCCAAGGACCAUUUCUCCAACGUUCUCAACCAGCCCGCCGGUCAAGUCGCCGUAGCCAUCUUGCAAUAUGUCGCUCCUCGUGUCAUCUACGCCUGGGACCAUCCCGACGUACCAGUCGACCAGGUCCUGGACGACUGCAUGCGCGUCUUCCACCACCCUGGCAUGCGCGACGAUCGCUGCGAGAUCCACCGCAACAUGUUCGAAGUCGUCAAGAAGUGGGCUCACAACUACCGUGGUAAGGACCUAAACUACGUCCUCAGCUCAGAGUCUGUCCGCGCAGGCCAAGAACCACAGCGGCUCAAACGAUCACUCACACGGCGCAGCCCCAUGGAGCAGCAGGCAUCCAGGGCUUUGGCGGUUCAUCAGGCGGACACAGCAGCAGCAGUCACGGAGGCAGCAGCCACCAACAUUCCUCGUCUUCCGGCGGUGGUGGUCUCCUCGGAUCCCUCACCAGCAACCUCCCAGGCGGUUCUCGGCAGCGCCUUCAACAGCCUCAAUCUCGGAGGUAGCGGUCGCACCCGCGACGCAGGCGACUUCGACGCCCCCCGCUCCAUCCGCCGCACCUUACCAGCCCGCCCCAUCUCCCCAGCCAUCCCAAUGGGACUCAUUCCAUCCCUACCAGUCCUCCUACGCCGGUGAAGGCUACCAGCCCCCUGCGGAAUACAGCCAAGCCACGCCUGCGGGUGGAUAUGGAUGGGGACAGGGACAGGGUCAGUACUCUGGCGGCCAGGGCGCGGAGCCCAGUUACACUGUUCCUACGGCGUAUCAGCAAGGCUAUGAGAAUUAUGGGGCGGGCCCGGCUGGGUAUCAGCAGCCUCCGCCGCAUCAGCAGCCGCCGAGUGGUGGGUAUACGUAUGACCAGCAUGCGGCGUCUGGGAGUGAUGGACGGCAGUGGGGAUCUGGUGG